AUGUUUCUGGUUACUAACUCCACUCAAGUCCCCUUCUACUUCAUCCUCAUGGGCAUCCCUGGCUUUGAGGUCUUUCAUACCUGGAUUUCCAUUCUAUUCUGUUGUCUCUACACUAUCUCUAUCGUAGGCAACAGCAUCAUACUGGCUGUCUUCAGGGCAGAGCCCUCUCUGCAUGAGCCCAUGUACUUGUUUCUCUCCAUGUUGGCCCUAACAGACCUGGGACUCACCCUCACCACUUGGCCUGCAGUCAUGGGGAUCCUCUGGUUCAACGCCUCAGAGAUCAGCUUUGAGGCUUGCUUUAUUCAGUUCUUCUUCCUCCAUGGAUUCUCCUUCAUGGAAUCUUUUGUGCUGUUGGCCAGGUCUUUUGACCACUACAUGGCCAUUUGCCACCCUCUCCCUUAUUUUUCCAUCCUUACUAGGAAAGCAAUCUGCAGAAUACAUCUGGCCAUCAUUUGUCACUGUCUUCUGGCUGUUCUUCCCAAAUUUUUCCUCUUGAAAAGGCUUCCCUUUUGUGGCUCCCCUCAUCUCUCCCAGUCCUACUACCUCCAUCAAGACAUGAUUCACCUGGUGUGUGCUGACACCACCACAAAUAAUAGGUAUGGAUUUGUUCUAGCUCUGCUCAUUAUCAUACUGGACCCCUUGCUCAUUGUGCUGUCCUAUGCACUCAUCCUGAGAAGCGUCCUCAGAAUUGCCUCCCAGGUUGAAAGGCUCCAGGCCCUCAAUAAUUGUCUGUCCCACAUUUUGGCUGUUUUGGUCCUUUAUGUGCCCAUGGUGGGUGUGUCCAUGACUCACCACUUUGCCAAGCCUGCCCUUCCAAUUGUACAUGUCAGUAUGGCCAAUGUCUAUGUACUAGCACCUCCUGUAAUGAACCCCAUUAUCUACAGUGUUAAAACCAAACAGAUGUGUCGAAGGAUCUUUGAUUUCUUUGCUCAUAGACAGUUGGAGUAG